AUGGCUGAACAGACUGAGAAGGCAUUCUUGAAGCAGCCCAAGGUUUUCCUCAGCUCGAAGAAGUCAGGGAAGGGAAAGAGGCCUGGAAAGGGAGGGAAUCGGUACUGGAAGAGCAUUGGAUUAGGCUUCAAAACUCCAAGAGAGGCCAUCGAAGGAACUUAUAUUGAUAAGAAAUGUCCAUUCACCGGCAAUGUUUCGGUCAGGGGUCGUAUACUUGCUGGUACAUGCCAUAGUGCCAAGAUGACGAGAACAAUCAUUGUUCGACGCAACUACCUGCAUUUUGUCAAGAAAUAUCAGAGGCAAGAAUUAAACCUUCACUCAUUGUGGCUGUCUUCUCUUUAUUCUUUAAGGAUUGAAUACGAAGGGCCAUUGUCAAAAACAGUGAGGUUCAACGUGUUGAAAGUGAUUCCAGCUGGGUCUUCUGGUGGUGGAAAGAAGGCCUUCACAGGGAUGUGA